AUGCAACUGCAGGCGGCGCUGUCUGCUCGCUGUCUGUUGCGUCAUCCAUCUUCAACUCUUAAAGUCGUAUCAUUGGCGCCGGUUCUGCAGAAAAUUGUGUCUACAUAUAUCGACUCUAUUUUCAUAUCACUUUUACGUCAAUCAACCUUUCGAAUCGCCAGGUGGAUACUCUCGAGUCUCAACGAUGAUAUAGAAAGAAAUUUGAGAUGGAUGGCCCUCACGCCUCGUGGCAUCGUCAUCUCAGACGUUUACCCAUCAACCCUCUCUUCUCUUCCUUCUGGAUUCUCAUUUUCAAAUGCUUUUAUUAUUCGGAUCUGGCUUUCAACAGUCGUAUCACAGAAAGAUAGCUCGAACCAGAAGACAUUAAAGUACAAGUACAACAGGUCGCGUGGCCUUGUGGCUCUUAGCUGA